UACAUGUUACAGGUACAUGUUGCACUUUAGUUUCUUUGCAGGGCCACACAGCUGCUGUCAAUCGGGCAAAAGUUGGGUGGAGCUGUGCUGGGAAUUAUGGGAUGUCACCAAACUAAGCUCAUUGGAGGAGACAGUGAAGCAGGGGGCGGGGGUUGACACGGGGGCGUGGCUUACCGCGGUCAGUCUGUGGCCGGAAACUGAACCACAGACAAACAGCUGCUCAGCUCCCAGCUGGAGUUUCACCUGAACUUCACCUGAACCGGCACCGAUUGCACACACAGGAGGAAGAGGAGGACAAAGGAGGUGAGCGAGGAUGAGGAGGAGAGGGGAGCAGAGGGAGGACAAUGCCACCCUCAUAACCAUGGAAACCAAUCCGGAGAAAAACUACGGCAGCAUCACCACGAAUGCAGCUGCUCAGCGUCCGGACAGGAACGUCUUCAGCGCCGGGUCGACUCGAGUUGAUUUUGUGCUGGCGUGGGAGGAGCCUCUGAGCUCACAGGAGGAGGAGAGCACAGGCGUUAACCCCGCCCACCUGAAGUGGAGGGCAUCGUUUCUGAAAAAACUGAGACGCUCAGGACUGCUGCUGGAGCAGAAGGAGGUCCUCCGCACGAAGGAGAAGAUCUGUUUUGUCCUCCUCAGUGCUCCAUGGAGCGUCCUCUGUUACUACGCUGAGGAGAUCAGUCUCAGGGUCCCUCUGCAGGAGGUCAACGCUCCCAUCACCAACUGGUCGGCGCAGGUUCUGUCCCAGCUGUCCCUCUCCAACCCUCUGUCUCAGGACGUCCCCAACCACCCCCCCGACUACUACACCUGUCAGUUCAGGACCAACAAGCUGCAGAGGUUUCUGGGGCACGACAACAGAGAGACGUUCUUCAAGACGACUCAGAGACACCAGGUGCUGUAUGAGAUCCUGGCCAGGACUCCGUACGGUUCGGUGAAACGGGGGGAGGUGGGAAUCGACCGACUGCUGGCUGAGCAGGUCUUCACUGCUGCCUACCCGCUGCAUGAGGGUGGUUUCGAGCUGCCGAGCGACUCGGUGCCUCCGGAGUCUUUGGGUCUGAGACAGAUCUUGUACUCGCACUGGGCCAAGUGGUCCUCCUGGAGACGCUACCAACCUCUGGAUCACAUCAGGGAAUACUUCGGAGAAAAGAUAGCGCUGUAUUUUGCCUGGCUCGGUUUCUACACUGGCUGGCUGCUGCCGGCGUCGCUUGUUGGGACGGUGAUCUUCGUGUUUGGGUUCUGGCUCAUGGCCACUGACGUUCCAGCGAAGGAGUUGUGUGAGAGUGGAGGCAGCUUCAUCAUGUGUCCUCUCUGUAACAUCUGCUCCCUAUGGAACUACUCCAGCAUCUGUGUCACCUUCAAGGCAGGUAUCAUGUUUGAUAAUGGAGGGACAGUGUUCCUUAGUGUCUUCAUGUCUCUGUGGGCCGUCACUUUCCUGGAGUACUGGAAGAGAACCUGUUCAGCUCUGGCACACCGCUGGGACUGUUCCGAAUUCCAGGACAUUGAGGAGCGUCCUCGUCCAGAGUUCACGGCCUUGGCGCCAAUGACCACGCGGAACCCGGUGACCGGAGCAGAGGAACCAUACUUUCCUGAGAGUAAACGCAUGAACAGAACUCUGACUGGCUGCAUGGUCAUCGUCGUCAUGGUUGUGGUCGUGCUGAUGUUCCUCAUCGCCAUCAUUCUGUACCGCACCAUCCUCAGAAUCAUCAUCUACAAGUCCAACAGCUUCUUAACCUUCUCUGCCGGGAGGAUAGCCAGUAUCACAGGAUCUGUGUUGAACCUGGUGGUCAUUCUCAUGUUGUCCAAAUUUUACACGUCGCUGGCCCACAUACUCACACACUGGGAGAUGCAUCGCACUCAGAGUAAAUAUGAAGACAUGUUCAUCCUCAAAGUUUUCAUCUUCCAGUUCGUCAACUUCUACUCGUCUCCGGUUUACAUCGCCUUCUUCAAAGGCAGGUUCAUCGGUUACCCUGGAAACUACCAGACUCUGUUUGGAGUUCGUAACGAAGACUGUGGAGCAGGUGGGUGUCUGAUUGAACUGGCUCAGGAGCUGCUCAUCAUCAUGGUGGGAAAACAGCUGAUCAACAACGCCCAGGAGUUCAUCUGCCCGAAGCUGAAGUCAUGGUGGCAGAACAGGAAGACGGGUAGUCGGCUGAAGGAGGUGAAGAAGGAGGAAGGAGUGGAGGCUCAGAGGGAGGUGAAGGGGGAGGAAGAGGAGGAGGUGUCUCCCUGGGAGGCAGAUUACCAGCUGCUGGUGUGUGAGGGACUCUUCAGCGAAUACCUGGAGAUGGUGAUUCAGUUUGGUUUCAUCACCAUCUUCGUGGCGGCGUGUCCCCUCGCUCCGCUCUUCGCCCUCUUUAAUAACUGGGUGGAGAUUCGUUUGGACGCUCAGAAGUUUGUUACUGAAUAUCGCCGCCCAGUGGGGGAGCGCGCUCAGGACAUCGGCAUCUGGUUUCCCAUCAUGCAGUUCAUCACACAUGUGGCCGUCCUCUGCAACGCGUUUCUCAUCGCGUUCACCUCGUCCUUCGUACCCCGUCUGUACUACCGCUACACCAGAGACAGCACGCUGAGCGGCUUCAUCAACUUCACUCUGGCAACAUCACCACGCAACUACAGCCGUGAACACACACCCUGCAGGUACCGGGGUUUCAGAGAUGAAAACGGCGAAUACCUCCCGGAGUACUUCCACCUGCUGGCCAUUCGCCUGACGUUCGUCAUCGUGUUCGAGCAUGUGGUGUUCCUCAUCGGGCGUCUGAUCGACCUGAUGGUGCCUGACAUCCCCGAGGAGGUGGAGAUGAAGAUGAAGAGGGAGCACUACAUGGCUAAAGAGGCGCUGGCUGAGAACCAGUCUUUGGGGAAAUCCAUGAUUCCUAGUGAAAGGGAUUCCUCGUGCAGCGACCUGCGACAGCGUCCAUCUUUACGACCACCGCAGAGCGACUCCCCUCCGCCAAACCUGAAGGAGAUCCCAGAGGAACCUGACCCAUCAGAAAGGUGCUGAAAUAUGUUGCACAAGUGAACUCUGUGCUGGAUGUCCUACCUCUGCCUCGACGUCCUGAUCUACUAGACUGAACUUCUUACAAUCGACCUCUCGGACAGCUCUAUAAGACCACUGUGAGACCUCUUCAAGGUCUACAAGAACUGGGUUGAGUCUUACAAGUCCUACAAGAACAUCGCAAGAUCUAAAAGACCAUUGUAAAAGACACUUCAAGACUGCUGCUGGAUAUGUAGAGAUUCAACCAGACCAGAUCUGGAAGACUCCUGCUUGACCUUUAGAACAUCUACUAAGGUUGAGUUGAACCUCUACACAUCCUUAAAAAGCUCUUCAAGAGGUCUACAAGACCUUCAGCACCCCCUCCACAAAGAUCUCCACAAAUAUCUCCACGAGUGUCCUUAAAGUAAAUGAGAGCUUUUCAAAGCCCCAAGAUUUCUGCAAUGUUUCCACGUGAGCUUUUCAAGAAGCCAACAUGGCCUUGGUCCUGUGUUCUUUACUUACAAGACCUGUUUGUGACUUGGAGGAAGCCCACAAGAACAAGAACUUUAAAGAGCCCUAAAACCUUUCAGAAGGGUGCUAUGAGACCCUUGGUGCACUUAGUGUUUGUGCACUUUUACAGGCUGCAACCUUUAUGCCCUUGCACUGUCAGUAGCUGUGGCUGGAGGCAUUUUAUGUUCAGGUUGUCUGACCAUCCCAUUCUCAUGAAUGUAAAAUCUCGAGAACACCUCAUGGGAAUUUCUUCAAAUUUUGUCUCAUUCUUGACAACAGGAUAUCUCAAGAAGGCCUUGACUGAAUUUCCUUAAAUUUGGCACAAACAUCCACUUGGACUCAAAAACUGAUUAGAUUGAGUGGUUGGACAUCACUGUGGCCUCACAAAACAUUUUUGGCCAUAACUCCAGAAUUCAUACGUUGUCCUCCUGAGGGAUCAGGGUAAUACCUGACACGGUGGACGUUCCCUCAUUGUUACAUAUAUUUAUAAAUUAUA